AACUUGAGAUAGUAAAGGUUGUAGUAAUAUGGAACUUAUGUGAUGUCAUCUCAACCAAUGAGCUCAACUUCUUAGCUAUCUCCCCAAAAUAGGUACUCAUUUCUGCUGUAAUUAAUAUGCAGGACUCUAUUUAUGAAAUGAAGCGAGCUAUUGAAGACAGAGAUAGAAAAAUUGAUAUUCUAUCUGAAAAGUUAAGAGCUCAUUUGUUAUUAUUCGAUUCAAUGUCAAAGGAGGCUUCCUCCAUUAAUAAACUUAUGGAUGAUGCUAGACACGCUCUCAGUCAAAAAGAGGAUGUAGUGGUUGGGCUAAAGAGGAAAAUGGAUGAGGUUUCUACUUUUGAGAAACUUUUCGUCGAGAAGAUCAACAACCUGGAAAACAAACUUAUGAAUAAUGAAGUGGAACUCACAAUCAAAGCUAAAAGAAUACGACAGCUGGAGGCAGAACUUGAGGCAGCAAUUCUUAGCAAGGAGUUCCAACCAAAGAUCACACAGCUUCAGAGAGAGAUAUCCACAAAGGAACUAUUUCUACAGAACUUAAUCUCAGAGAACAAGGGACUGUAUUGUGAAGUAGGAAGCUUAGGCAUUUUCAUAAAAAGGAUUCAAGAUGCCGUCACUCGUAUGGGUGAAGAGGAUAGGAAGACAUUCACCUCACUGAUGGAAGGCCAGGAAGAAUGCCUUUCAAUUAGACAAAAUGAAAACUUACGGAUUCCAGAUAUUGCUCAAAUCACAGGGAAAGACACUAAUCCAAAGUCUUCUGUGAUUGAAGAAAGCACAGGUUCCUAUCACGCCCUUGCUUUAUGUUCCUCACCAGAAGUUCAGGAGGAUUCAAUAAAGAGCCCCUUGAAGAAGGAUAACAAGAUUAACUGCUAUGUAUCAGAGAUACUUCUUCAACUUUGCAAUUGCAGUCUGUUUAUUCUCCCUCACCGUCAGCUUGCUCAGUGCCUCAAUGUGAAGCUAACAAUGCAAGUGUCUCUGCUGCUGCAGCAAAGGAUGAUUACACAGAAUUAGCGAACCAGCUGGAUUCUGAAUGUUCAACGACUCAAGUGGAGAUCCUGUAAAUUGUAUGAUUUUGGUCUUUGUAUCAGAAAUUUGAUUCGACUCUGCAAGCAAACUAGACUAACUUUUCAUAUACUUCAUUCUAGCAUAAAUUAACUUAGUGAAGUUUUGGUGAUCCACCAUGCAAACUGCCCUUGUACUCGAGGCUGGGAAAAUUGUCUUCUGUUUUCCACUUAUCUCUAUUUAGUUAACAUAUUCAAUUUUAAAACAAA